ACAUUUCCACAACCCGCAGUUCAUCCGCGAUCUUCAUGGGGGUUGCACGUAUUUGAAAGCUCCCUGAUUUAGAGGGAAAAGUUUUGCGAUCGGCGGGAAUCGCGUAGAUAAAUAGAAGUCAGAAUGGAGUACUUUUUGGUGUGCGUUUGUUAAAAUAUAUGGCUGAUUGACUGUGACGUGGGUUUUUGAUAAUGACUUGGAAUAGUGUGCAGUGAUUGCGGGAUGAAAGGCCACGAAAUACAAUGGAUCAUCGGCAUCACAUUGGCAGUUGGUCUGGCGGCCAGUUCUGGUGACAAGAGACCACACUUCGUGGUGGAGCCACCGUCGCGGGUGCUAUGGCCGGCCACGCGCGGCGCGUACGCAGCCUGCAGAGCCUCUGGACACCCCACGCCUGAUGUCCACUGGGUCACCGCUGAGGGACAAGUCAUUACUACUAUACCAGGAUUAAGGCAUGUCCUAACCGAUGGUCGUCUGGUGGUCGGCGCACGACGGUCGUUAGUGGACGCCGGGGGAGGUGGCAGUAGCGCUGUUCUGCGAUGCAAGGCGUCCAACCGCGCAGGAGUAACACUAUCCCGACCUAUGUUGUUGCAAUCAGUGGAAGACAGCGUGCUACUGCAUGUGGUGCGCCAGCUCAUUCCGGCGAAGGUGGGCGGCUCUGUGGUGUUGCGGUGUGAGAUAUCCCCGCAGUAUGGCCUGGUUGACGUCACGUGGCUGCAGGAUGGACUGCCUUUGUCGUCUGGGUACAUGGGCGCUGAAACUCGUUGGAUAUCGGGCGCCGGCGGGCUAUUACUUGGGUUGGACCUCACACAGGCGGACAUACAAGCGGAAUAUUCAUGCUUGGCUCUCGACACGCUCAGUACGUCUUUGAAACUAACAACAGAUGAGAGCAGUUGGCUGGAAAAUAUUGAAGUUAAUUCAAUAGAAGCUCGUACAGGGGACACAGUUUUACUUCCGUGUAUACUGAGACAUAUCAAUAAGCAUACUAUAACUUGGCAGCGACAGGAAGCGAAUGGCGUGUGGGUGUCAACAGGAGAGGGCAUAGUGCGAGGAGGCACUCUUGUGUUGCCCAGUGUACGGACGCACCACGCAGUGCGAUAUGCAUGUUCUCAAGGGACGGAAACUUCGCCAAGAGUGAUCGUCAGGCUGGUCGUUUUUGAGCCCUUGACAGUCACUGUUACGCCAAAUCCAUUAAUGUUAGGCACUGGAGGGAGUGGUCAUUUCAAUUGUACAGUACACGGCGGAAGAGGUGGUGGGGUCACAUUAAGCUGGCAACACGAAGGACGCCCUCUACAUUCUCCUCAGCCGAGAUUAGCGUUAGGACCAGUUAGACCACAUCACGUUGGCCUAUAUCAAUGUACAGCUUACGACCAUUCUGAUUCUGCAGUAGCUGGCGCUGAACUGGUUAUAGCUGACAGACCGCCUAGAUUGGUGUCAACUUUCAGUGAAGCUAUAACGAGGAUUGGUCAAACUAUUGCGUUUAGAUGUGCAGCUAACGGUAUCCCUUCACCUCGGAUUAUGUGGACUUUAGAUGAUAGACCGCUUCCAUCAGCACCUGAAAAGUACAGUGUGAAUACAAGAGCUGAAAAGUUAACAGGUGGUGAAGAAGGGACUAUAGUAUCAACGUUAAGUAUAACUAUUAGAAGUGCAGAUGAAGGUGGAAGAUAUGGUUGUAAUGCAACUAAUUCUGGUGGAUCACAUGCACAUCAUGCACGACUGAAUGUUUUUGGUCCACCAAAUAUAAGGUAUUUGCAACCAAUACACGUAAAGACUGAUACUGAUGUUACUUUACAUUGUCCUUACUCAGGAUAUCCUAUAAAAGAAGUAGUUUGGCGACGUGAGGAUGGUGCUCUAGUAGAAUCUCCAAUUCAAACUAGUGAUGAAAGAGGAAUCCUACGAUUGUCUUCAAUAACAAGUUCAAUAGCUGGAACUUACACUUGUGAAGUGAGAGCGGAAAGUGGUGAGCUAGCUAGAAGAACAGUCAGAGUGGAAAUACAUAAACCUCCGAAAAUAAUGCCCUUUCAAUUCCCUGAAGAGUUAGAAGUGGGAGGCAGCACACAAGCAACUUGUAGCUUAGUUUCUGGAGACAAACCAAUUCAAUUUUCUUGGUUAAAGGACAAUUUACCAAUUCCAUCUACUUUAAAGGUGGAACAGAAAAAUAUGGACUUUUUCACCUUAUUGGUCAUUCAAGAUCUGAAUUCGAUGCAUAGCGGAGAGUAUACUUGUAAAGCUACAAAUGAUUUUGGAACUGUUAGUCACAGUGCAUCUUUGAUUGUUAAAGAACCUCCUACCUGGGUAUGGCGGCCACAGAAUACCUCAGUCUCAGCUGGAGCAGCAGUUCUUCUACCAUGUUCAGCUAAAGGACAACCGAUGCCGAGAAUAUCUUGGGAAUUUUCAUCAGAAGGAGAAAAUUGGCGUCACAUUCUAUGGGGUCAGUCAGAUUCCACAGAUGCUAGUGAAGGAUCAAUCUUAUCAGAUGGAACUGUUUGGCUCAGAACAGCUACACCAGAACACGAGGGCUGGUACCGAUGUACUGCGCGUGUUCAACAUUCAUUUCUUCAUCACUCUUUUUAUCUAGACGUAAGAGAACCUCCAAAACUAACAAGAGGAGGUGGUGCUGGUGAAACUAGAUGGGUAGUUCGAGGAUCAACAGCACGUCUCACUUGCACAGUUCGAGGAGAACCAGAAAUUCACAUACACUGGACUCACGAUUCAAGACCAUUAGCUUUGCAUGGUUCAGGUGGCGUUGAAAUGAGAGAUCUGGGAAACGGGGCCAUGACGUCAGAGAUAACUAUAACUCACGCCGGCCCGGAGCAUGCAGGCGACUAUAGGUGUAUGGCCAGAAACCUUUAUGGCACUGACGAGUUAUUGUUCCGGUUGUUUGUUAAGGAACGUCCAAGCACACCAGAAGAAGUACGAAUAUCAGAAGUAUGGUCACGAAAAGCGCGAGUCACUUGGAGAUUGGCACGAGGAGCGUUCGUCUCACACUAUUCACUGCAAUAUCGUCCUCUCACACGAGACCUCACAAACGCUCCGCUCAACGCCCCGCUACCCGCUCUGCUUGACUCUUGGGACUCACCCGAAGUACUCAACAUUACCCUCGCCAAUUCUGAUUUGCUACAUGUCGCGACUGAAGGGCCGAGCCGGGCGGGCGCAUCAGUGGCGGGAUUAUCGCCGGACACCCGCUAUGUGCUCAGACUGGCCGCCUAUAACGACGUCGGCGCCUCCCCUUACACGCCACCUCUGCAUUUCACCACGAGGGAGGAAGCACCCGGAGGAGUGCCCCGCGACAUCACAGUUCGCGCACUCCGAGCUCGAGAACUUCAAGUUACGUGGCAGCCCCCGCCAAGAGAAACGUGGCACGGUACUCUACUAGGCUACACCAUCCGAUGGUGGGAAGCCUCCGAGGAAGGGAAGGGCGCGUCAGAGGCUGGCUCAGAAAGUGGAGCCAGCGCAGACGCUACUAGUACAACACUACGAGGCUUGAAAGCGGCCACGAGAUAUGGAGUCACUGUCAGGACUUACAACGCUGCUGGUACAGGGCCUUUGUCACCGCCUCAUUAUCGUCAUACCUUGGAAUCACCACCAACAGGAGGGCCGGAAAAUCUUUCGUGUACCUCAAGCAGCUCUACAUCGCUGCGCGUGUCAUGGCGACCACCCAACCCUGAUGCAAGGGGAGGACAAAUUACUCACUACACAUUGCAGUAUACAAGGCGAGACUCGGACCCUUUGCAACCGACCCAAGAUGCCCAUUUGAGAGUACAGGGUGAAGAAGCAACAGUAUCCCGUCUGACGUCAUUCGCUGAAUAUGAAAUUAGAGUGCGGGCUCAUAACGCUGCCGGUGACGGUCCUUUGUCCGCGCCUCAAGUUUGCAAAACUGAUGAAGAUGUACCCAGCGCGCCAGGUGGCAUGAAAUUGAUUGCCCUCAGCGAACGGUCAUUGAGAGCGUCCUGGCUACCACCCCUGGAGCCUAAUGGAAGGCUUACCCAUUACUCCCUCUACGUGAAGGACCUGUCUGGAUCGCAAGAGCCAAACAUAACUCGAGUCAAUGCAUGCACGGAUGGCGAAGGGACUGUGGAGUGCAUGAGACCAUUACGAGGACUUCGCGCUGGAAGAACUUAUGAAGCUUGGGUUCGGGCUUCUACUAAUGUUGGGGAAGGACCGCCAUCUGCUGUUGUUGCUUGUCAGACUAGUGCAUUGGCACCAGCUCGUAUCUCUUCGUUCGGUGGCAUAGCUGUUGGAGCGGCCGGAAGCUCAUUGUCUCUACGAUGUGUAGUCGGAGGAGUCCCACCUCCUGCUAAAAGAUGGCUACGAGCAGGAACCCAGCUGCAUCCUAGAUCACUAUUCCAUUUGGAUGGAGACGCUCUACUUAUAAGAAGUUUAGAAUUAUCACAUGCAGACAAUUACACAUGUGUGGCAGAAAAUCCACAUGGUUCAGACUCCGUUACAUGGCGAGUUUAUGUGUUGAGACCACCUACGCCUCCAGGACUAGCGUUAGUUGAAGCGAGAUCCAGGGAAUUAGAGUUGGAGCUUCGACAAGCCCCAAGAGCUCAAGGCCAUGCCUUGCCGAAGGCGUACACCUUGCAUUGGAGGCUUGCUGCUCCAGAGGGUGAAUGGCGAAUACAAUCAGCAAGUCCCGGACCAGUUAUACUAACAGGUCUCCGAUGUGGAUCAGCGUAUAGGGCAUAUGGAUCCGCAGGAGGAGCUCCAGGUGCUGAAAUAUCCAUUCGUACAUCUGGAGGACCUCCCACUGCCCCUCCAGAUACAAGAUGGAUCAGGGCAAAUGCAACUCAUGCAAGAUUCGAUACCAGUAUGUGGUCUGAUGGGGGAUGUGGACCAGUUGCAUUGAAGCUUGAGUGGGGUGGCACUGGAGUGAGUGGUGCAAGGGAUGUUCCCGUUGGUGGUGAAGUUAUUUUAGGAGGGUUAUCACCAGGAACGAGGUAUCGCGUAGCAGCUCGAGCGUCAAACGAGGCUGGUUGGACGAGAGAAGUGUAUGAGUUUAUGACAACCCCUGCUGAGGGCAGUUACGCCGAGGAAGUAGACGCUCCUUUCCCGGCAACUGCGGGGGAACUGGCCUUAUUGCUGGCGUUAUGUGCUGCAUUGUCACUUGCAGCACUUACCAUACUAGCUAUUCUAUUGAGAAGAAAAAGAAGUGACGGAGCGGUGGCUCGCGUGAUCACCAACAAUGACAAGCCCAGCUGCGGGACGUAUCGACCGCCGCCCCACCCCACACCGAAGCUGCCUCCGGACCCACCAGAUGUAUACGAAAUAAGUCCAUACGCAACAUUCGCGGGCGGCGACCAGCUGGGCGUGGGCAGCGGGUCGCGCGCGUACACGUUGCAGCUUCGCGCGCUCGCGAGGCACGAGGACGACGCCGCACCGCCCUCACAUCCGCCGUGUUGCGAUGAAGAAACGUGUGUGGAUGCGUGCGAAGCUCAGCGCCGCAGAAGACGACGAAGGCACUACUGCCCAGAUCAUGGUUGCUCACAAGACUCAGGGAGUUGAGAAAACACUGCCGAAUUGUUUAGUGAAAAUAUCUAGUCAACAUAAUUAGAAAAUUCAGUUAUACAUAUUAAUAUGUAUACACAAAUUUUUACAAUAAUAUUGUCUAUUUAUA